CACCCUUCGGAGUUUCCCAAAAGCCUGUGCGGCGGCCUCCGGCAGCUCCAAGAUGGCGACUCCCAUGCAUCGACUUAUAGCGCGGAGACAGGCUGAAGCCAAUAAGCAACAUGUAAGAUGUCAGAAAUGCUUGGAAUUUGGACAUUGGACAUAUGAAUGCACAGGAAAAAGAAAGUACCUACACAGGCCUUCAAGAACUGCAGAGCUGAAGAAAGCUUUAAAAGAAAAGGAAAAUAGAUUAUUGCAGCAAAGCAUGGGAGAGACUAAUGUAGAGAAAAAGAUCAAGAAGAAGAAGAGGUCGAAGAGUGUCACGAGUUCCAGUACCUCUAACAGUGACAGUUCGGCCAGUGAGUCUUCAUCAGAGAGCGAGACAUCUGCCUCAUCCUCCUCAGAGGACAGUGACUCGGAAGACAGCCCCUCUAGCUCCUCCUCCUCAGUUUACUCCUCCUCCUCUUCCUCCUCCUCCGACUCAGAUUCAGACUCCAGCUCCUCCAGUAGCAGCAGUUACAGUACAGAGAGCAGCUCUGAUGAUGAGCCACCAAAGAAGAGGAAAAAGAAAUAGAACUCUCUCUACACUGAACCAGUGGACCAAAAACAUCAGUGUGACCCACAGGGGAACUGAAAACAUGCUCAAGCAAGCAGGUUAGCUGGAUCAGCUUGUUAGAAUUCAGACCUUUCUAAGUAUUUGCCAUUGUAUAGAAUAUUAAUAAAGGAUAUUAUAUAUAUAAAGACGUUUAUUUUAGGAAUGAAUAUUGUGUUCUUGCUGUUUUUCUUCUUUUAAAGAUGGGUCUCACUUUGUAGACCUGGCUGGCCUGGAACUUAUUAUGUAGAGGAGGCUGGCCUUGAUUUCACAGCCUGCUGAUGCUUCUAGUACAGGGAUUAAAGAUAAUGUGCCACCAUGCUCAGCUUUUGUUGUUGACAUUUUUUUUAAGUAUUUGAAAUACAUCUGUAGAACAUAAUCAAAGCUGAAAACCAGGAAAUCGGUUUCAAUGAUAAGUCAUUUUUUCUGCCUCUGAAAUGAAUGCCUUAUGUGGGUAUGUAUUAAGGUGUGUAGGACAGGCUUUGAAGGGACUGCAUCAGAAUAUCAAGUAAGAAGUUGCUCUUUUUGCUGUGUUUAUUAUGUGAGAUGUGAUGAUAGAUUGUGUACCCUAAUACAAUUUGUCUGAAGAUCAGAGAACAGAACAGGCCACUUGAUUAAACACAGAGGCCAGGCAGUGGUGGCACAUACCUUUAAUCUUCGCACUUGGGAAGCAGAGGUCUUUCUGGAUCUCUUAAGAGUUCAAAGCCACCCUGAACUACAUAAGAUACUCAGUCUAGGAGAGAAAACAGAGCCAGGCAGUGGUGGUACACCUAUAAUCCCAGUACUUGGGAAUCACACGCCUUUGAUCCCAGCACUAGGAAGGAAGUAAAAGGGCGGAGAAAAGUAUAUAAGGCGUGAGGAGACAGGAACUAAAGGCUUCUUCAGCCGAAGACCCUUUCAGCUGGAGCCCUUUUGGCUGAGGACUCAGACAUUCAGUCAGAAGAUUCGUGGAGUUGGCGAGGUGAGAAGUAGCUGUGGCUUGUUCCUUUGUCUCUCUGAUCUUUCAGCAUUUACCCCAAUAUCUGGCUCCAGGUUUUUUAUUAUAAGACCUUUAGGAAUUCGAGCAACAGUGAGAUUUGAUACAUUGUUAUUUUAAGUAUAGCUUUCCUACUGUUAAUAAAUGUGUUCUAUUUUUAUGUUUGUGCUCAGAAAAUUAUUCUGAUUUUUCUGUCCUGAAUAUAUAAAUUCAAGGAACCUAAUACAGUACAUUGAAAUGA